AACAAAUACAGAAAAGUCACCGACACACAUCGACCCAGUUCACAAUGGAAUCGGAACGAGUGAACGAAAGUGUCAGGAAAGCUGAGGAUUUCCCUAACAAAACACAUUCGGCUACCCAGACGUUGUCCACGCAGUCGUUUCCAUCAUGGAGUGGUGACCAUCGCCCCUGGUGCUCAAGUCCUACUUUUGACCCGGAGACCGGCAUAGUCCUUAAAGGAAAUCGCUGGCGUGUUUAUGACCAAGACAAGGUACCUUCUGCCGCUUCACUCAUUUUGGGCCGCAAAGUAGUGGCACCGAACCAAGCUGACGGAGGGAAACCAUACUUGGCCACAGUGUUAUCACAAAUAGAUUCAGAAAAUUUCCUCGUGAGUUUUGAUCGUCUCUGCUCCAAUGAACACAUCGACAGUGAGAACUUACAAGAACUCAAGGUCACUGAACUGCUAUCUUACUUGGACUUAUAUCGUCAUUCCAUUCAUCGUGAUGACUACGUCCUUGUAACUUGGUCGGCACUGAUAUCCGACGACAGUGAACGUUUGCAGUCCGAUCUGUCUGAUGGUUUUCUGGAGCCUUUCAUGCUAGCUAAGGUGAUUUCAGGAUCAGAAUCAAGAAACUCCACAAAUAUACCCCAGGAUGAACCACUCACCGUAAAGUUGGUGAAUUUAUCAGAAGAAAGGUGGACGAAUGUGGAGAAGCUCAUUGACCGGACAUACAAGGUGAAAAGUAAUGUCGCUUUGUGGAUUAAAGAGAGCUUGGCAACGGUCUUAUUUCGGCAGUCAGAACACCGAGGCAGUCAUUUCAUACCUAGUGGAACGCAUGUGCAUUCAGUAGAUCCAGUUGGUCUGGCGGUACCCUCCGAUCGUGGUGCUGUGUCUUGUGAAGCCAUUCCCGCGACGUACACAAAAGCACAGAUGGAAAGACUCUCCAGCCAGAUCACGCGCCGUCAGAUCGAUUCUCCAAGGUAUAAAGAGUAUGAAACCAUGCGGAAUUCAGCAAACAAGGGCGGAUUCAAGGAUGAGAAAAAAGAAGCGGAAGCGAUUUGCCGGCAUUUGGUAGACCAAUCUACUACAGUUGAUGCCGAAUUGGAGUUCGGGCGAAUGACAAUCCGAUACCCAAAGCCCAAACGGAAUGUUAGUAAGAUGGAUGCAAAGCGGACACCGGAUUGGAGAUAUUGGGGCUCCAAACCUAUCCCUGGCAUUCUAUCCCCAAUGGUGCAUGAACCUUAUACGGAUGCGCCCACUUGGGACAGAUUCGCAGUCACAACCUCUAAGGGGACGAUAACAAGACCAGAAGUCCACUUCUCCAAGGUUCCUGUCAGAUAUUCACGUUCUGUGGAUUUUCGGGAUUCAGUGCAGGUACGAGCAGUUUUGACAGAUCCGUCCCGAACUGAAGUCACGGAGCCAAAAACGAGGCUUGAUCAAUCGUUCUUAGAUUUACGCUCUGGAAAAGAUGAUCAGUCAGCCACCAACCAUUGGAGUUCAGCGCAGCUAAACGAUGAACAAGGUGUUUUUCGAUGGCAAAAGUUGGAUCCACCAGGACAAGCAAUGGGAGAGUACCACAGGGAACGAGUUCUGGCUUCUGUUCAAGAUAGUUAGAUAGGAGGCAAUUAUCACCACGACCACCUCCUAAAUAGAAUCCACCUGCCCAUCGUUUGUGUGAGAGGCCGGUACGUAAAACCAAAGCGCUAUGAGAGUGGAUGUGGACUUCGUUCGAUGUUGUCGUGCGGUUUCUACUCUGGCAUUGUGACAUUUGAGCACCGUGUAAACAUCCCGACACAUCAGGAAGGACUCCCACAAUCGUCAAAUAUGUGAAGGAGUAAUACUCAUGUGCAGUUGGAUGACGUUGCUACUUAUAUGUUGAGAUUUUCGCUUAUUUCAUAUUAGACUCUUCUCAUUCCAUCAUUACUGAUUUGAUUAGAUUUUUCAGCACAUUUGAAAGAAUAGAGUAAAACUACCAUA